AUGCCCACUAUCCGCUGCCUUCUCGCUCUUGCUGCCGCCCGUAAUUGGUCCCUUCAUCAGCUUGAUGUCAACAAUGCUUUUCUUCAUGGUGAUCUCCAUGAGGAAAUUUACAUGCUCCCUCCACCUGGUCUUCGGCGACAGGGGGAGAACUUGGUAUGUCGCCUUCACAAAUCUCUUUAUGGUUUAAAGCAAGCUUCUCGUCAAUGGUUUGCUAAGUUUUCUCAGGCCAUUUGUUCUACUGGUUACAUUCAAUCUAAAGCUGACUAUUCCUUAUUUACACGCCAUAAGGGGCACUCUUUCACAGCAUUAUUGAUUUAUGUUGAUGACAUUGUUAUCACGGGGAAUGACCCUAUAGCUAUCUCGGCACUCAAGGCUUUUUUGCACCGUCAUUUUCAUAUUAAAGAUCUUGGAGAUUUGAAAUACUUUUUGGGGAUUGAGGUAUCAAGAUCAAAACAGGGCAUUUUCUUAUCUCAACGCAAGUAUGCAUUGGAAAUUUUGAAGGAUGCAAAACUCCUAGGUGCUGCACCUGUUGAUUUUCCUAUGGAAAAAGGUCUUAAGCUCUCAGAUAAGGGUGAAUUACUUAAAGAUCCAGCUCAGUAUAGAAGACUCGUUGGUCGCUUGAUUUAUUUGACCAUCACAAGGCCAGAUAUUACUUACUCUGUUCAUGUCUUAAGUAGGUUUAUGCAUGCCCCACGUAAACCUCACAUGGAGGCUGCACUUCGUAUUCUUCGUUAUUUAAAAAAAUCGCCAGGUCAAGGCAUAUUAUUGUCUUCUCAGAAUGACUUGACUUUGCGUGCCUUCUGUGAUUCUGAUUGGGCAGGUUGUCCUAAUACUAGAAGGUCCACUACAGGCUAUUGUGUGUUUCUGGGAUCUUCUUUAAUUUCAUGGAAAUCGAAGCGGCAGAGAACUGUAUCUUUAUCAUCAGCAGAAGCUGAAUAUAGAUCUAUGGCAGCAGCAUGUUGUGAGUUAUCUUGGCUUCGAUCCCUCCUCAAGGAUUUGCGCAUUCUUCAUCGCCAACCUGCUUUGUUGUAUUGUGACAACAAGGCAGCUUUACAUAUUGCUGCCAAUCCAGUAUUUCAUGAGAGAACAAGACAUAUUGAGAUGGAUUGCCAUUUAUUCGAGAUAAGAUUCAGGAAGGUUUGA